AAUUUUUUCAUUGUAUCGUACAUCUAUUUGCUUAUCAUUCUAUGGCGAAUUCAAGAGAUAUGAAAGUACUUAUCAAAGUAGAUAAUGUGUCAUUAAUUAAAGCGCAUAUUUUUAUAAAAUUCAUGAAGCUGAAAUUAUUUGACAUCUUAAUAAUUAUAUCCUAUAACAAUAAACUUCAUAUAACAAAGUUAUUAAAGUCUUUUAUUAUAUGAGAAAGUCAGUAAAUGUAUGUUUACAUAAAUUUGUGUGUAUAAUAAAGUAUCAAUUCUAUAUAAUAUAAAUAAAUUACAAAUAACUCCACCAAUUUUAUUUGAAAAUAAAAUUUAAUUCAUGAACAUCAUCGUGACUCCGUGAGAAUAAGUAAUAUUAAACAAUGUUUAAAUCAAACCAAGAACCUGACAUACCUGCAGCUUUAGGUCUCUUGUCACAUUUAACAAAUGAUGAACUGAAGGAAUUAUUAAACGAUGAUUCAAAAUUUGAAGACAUUGUAAAGGAUGUAAAGCAGUUUAAAAAUUUAGAAACUGAAAAAGAAUUAUUAAUGGCAAGUAACACAUCUCUGGCAGAGUUUAAUUUAUCCAAACAGCCAGAAUUACAAGAAGGCAAACAGAUGUUAAAGGAACUCAGUGAAAAAGGAAGUAGAUUAUGCACGAGUGUAAAAGAAAAGCUGGAUGAAAUAAACCAUAGCUGAAAAAUUUUUGGCUGGAGAUAUGGAAGUAGACGAAUUUUUAGAGCAAUUUUUAUCACGACGAAAAUUAAUGCAUCUACGCAAAGUUAAAGUAGAUAAAUUAAGGGAAUUAAUAAGAAAAUCACAUACCACUGCUGGUGGUUCUGGAUAUCCAAUAGCUAGUAAUUUUCGAAGUAUAGCACCAGCAAUUCCUUAUCCAACUGGACCUGUUUCAAUGCCAAUGCCUGUAUCAUCUGGCUUACCACAUUAUAGGCCAUAUUAAAUUACAUUUAUUUGAAUGGAACGUAAAUUCAGAGUAGUUAAGUUUUUAAGUAUUAAAUUUUCAUUAACACACAAGAAAUAUGUAAUUUCGGUUAACAAUAAUUUUAAAUGAAUCGAAAAUAUAAUAAAAUAUUGUAUAUUUAAGUAAUAUUCAGCUACCAUAUUAGAUUUUGUAAUGUUAUUGUAAUAUAUUAAAGUAAAUUUCAUUUUCUGAAAUAAAUAAUAUCAAAAUAUACAAUGUAAAUCUUGACACUAUUUUUAAUUCAAG